GCGACCCUGAUCGACUAAAAAAAAAAAGUGAAUCCUCUUUGGUAUUUUUGGGUGUUUUUCCUUUUCUGGGUCAGGUGGGAAUUAGUUAUAUAAACGGAUGUCCACGAAAUGUGUAGCAUCACAACAACAAGUGACUUUUAUUAACCACAAUGACAACGAUUAUUCUCUUAGCUUCAAUGUUGAGCAUUGCCUAUUGUGCUCGUCUUGACAAUCUUUAUCUACCUCCAAACCAAGCAGUGCCAAGUAAUAAUUAUUUACCUCCAGUAUUAAAGACAAACAACCAAUAUUUGCCUCCAAUUAGAAAUCAAGCAUAUUCAGCAUCAACUAAUAAUGCUAACAAUGAUGUUGCUAUUUUGAAAUUUGCUGCUGACAACAAUGGAGAAGGAAGCUAUAGAUACAACUAUGAAACAGCCAACAGCAUAAGUGCAGAAGAGCAAGGUGACGUCAGAGGUGAUGGUACCAAAGCUCACGGUUCCUAUUCAUACAUAGCUCCAGAUGGCCAACAUAUUUCCAUCACAUACACUGCUGACGAAAACGGUUUUGUGGCUCAAGGCAGUCAUAUUCCAACCGCACCUCCAAUUCCGGAAGCCAUUUUGAAGUCGCUGCAGGAAAAUGCUGCAGCUGAAGCAAGGGGAAUUUUCGACGAUGGUCAAUAUCACGAAGCUCAGUAUAGUGGAGAAGAAGUUUUGCAAAAGAAUGGAGGUUAUAAAUAUUGAAUGUAUUAUAUUAUUUAAUAAAUCUAUUUAAUUGUA